AUGACGCACCACACCACCCACACAACAACCACAACCACAACCCGCCGCCGCGGCCUCUUCAGCCGCCGCCCCCACACUACGACCACGUCCGCGCCCGUGCACCACCACAAGCGCCACGCGACGCUGGGCGACAAGAUCAGCGGCGCCAUGCUGAAGCUCAAGGGCACGCUGACUCGGCGGCCGGGCGUCAAGGCCGCCGGCACGCGCCGCAUGCGCGGCACCGACGGCCGUGGGAGCCAUCAUCAUGCUUCGCGGGUUACCACUACUCGUCGGUACUAG